AUGGGCUGCUACCCGACCUCGAACUGGAUUGAGCCCAUCUCUCAGUACAUCACGUCGGACCUCUGCAAGACCGUGAGGCUCUGCAGCUUCAGGAGUGUCUACGUGCUCUGCGACACGGACGAGCCCCUCAAGCCCCCGCUGGGAUCGUCUUAA